GCGUCGCAGCACUUCUGCUUCAAGGAGGUAGAACAGCACACUCAACGUUCAAUAUUCCAAUCAAUCUGACAGAUCAAUCUACAUGCUACAUCAAACAAGGUUCAGAUGUGGCGGAUUUAUUAAUGAGGACGUCACUAAUACUGUGGGACGAAGCUCCAAUGGCAAACAAACAAUGCUUUGAGGCACUUGACAAGAGCCUAAGGGACGUGCUGAGGUUCACAAAUGAGAAUAGUUGUGCCAAGCCCUUUGGCGGCAUGACUGUUGUUCUUGGAGGGGACUUCCGACAAAUCCUCCCUGUUGUGCCAAAAGGAGGACGGGAGCACAUUAUAGAUGCAUCAAUCAAAUGUUCAUACCUCUGGCAAUAUUUCGAGGUAUUUAAUCUGACAAAAAAUAUGCGGCUCAAAUCUCUAUCCAGUGAUCAAGCAGAGCAGCAGAAGACUGCGGAAUUUGCGGAGUGGAUACUACAGAUUGGCAAUGGAGACACAUGUUUACUAGAUAAAAAGGACUAUCUAAGUAUCCCCAGUGACCUGCUGCUAGAAAAUAGAGAUGAUCCAAAAACAGAAAUCAUCCAAAGUACCUAUCCUGACCUGCAAGACAAUCUCUGCAAACACGAGUUCCUGGAAGAAAGGGCGAUACUGUGUCCAUUGAACGAGACAGUCAAUGAAAUCAAUGAGUAUAUUAUGAGUCAAAUCCAAGGUGACAAGGUGACGUACCUGAGCCAUGACAGUGUGAGCACAUCGAUGAAUUACAGCCAUGAAAUGGAAUUGUUGUAUACUACAGAGUUUCUAAACAAGUUAAAGCAUCCGGGAUGUCCAAAACACCUACUUGAGCUCAAAGUUGGUCUGCCAGUGAUGCUUCUCCGCAACAUCAAUCAAAGUGCAGGGCUGUGCAACGGUACUAGAAUGAUAAUCACAAAACUUGGAGAAAGAGUCAUCGAAGCGCAGAUCAUAACUGGAGCACACGUCGGUGCUAAGGUGUGCAUCCCUCAGAUCAUCAUGUUGCCAUUCGAGCCUAAAUGGCCAUUUGUUCUAAAAAGAAAGCAAUAUCCUCUCUCUGUGUGCUUCGCGAUGACAAUCCACAAGAGCCAGGGACAAUCUUUGAACAAGGUCGGCCUCUACUUGCCCAGGCAAGUUUUUGCUCAUGGGCAACUCUAUGUGGCAGUCUCCAGAGUAACAAACAGGCAUGGCCUGAAGAUCCUGAUCACUGACGACGAAGAGCACGCAAGCAAAGGAAAGGCGAAAAACAUAGUGUACAAGGAGAUCUUCUAAAUGCCUAUCUGUAGCAGUGUAGUACUGUUCUAUGUAGACUGUAGUAAAUAAUGUUAUGUCAAAAUUGGCCGUUCUGCUGUUCCGGCCAUUAAUAAUCUAGUGUUCUAGAGCACGGUUGCAGCGCAACUGAUGCCAAGACUCUCAACCGCGGAUAUGUGCUUUGGUUAAUCUCAUGUGUUA